AAAAAUCUAAAAUGUAUUAGACAACUAGAUCUUGACUUUAUUUUGAUACACGUGUCAGUGAAAUAGCCAAGUGUUAGAUACGAAAUUAGAUUCUGUAUUUAAAAGUUACAAAUGAAUUAUGUGCAGAAAUAAAAUAUUGCCGAAUAAACCACGGGAAAGUAAGGUAUUUUACCAGUUGUGUCAUUUAUACUCAAAACUCGAACAAAUUAAAAUAAUAUAUGCUGCAGAAUGAUUGCUAAGUCUUGACAUCUUCUAGGCAGUGGCCUUUGAGAAACAAAAAAAGAAAAACCAUUACAGGAGGGCACCAACUGAAAAGCAUGGCAAUGCAACUGAGCUGCAUACCUCAACCCCCGGUUGUUCUGCCUCCUUCGGAUAUUGAGUUGAUGAAGGCUGAGCUUGGAAAAAUCAAUAGGUUGAUGAAAGAAGUGCAUGAAGGCACAGCCACUGACGACACCUACGGUGGAUUGAAAAGUGCAGUUGAGGCAUUGAAUGAAAUAAUCCUAGCUUUGGACAAUUCAAAUGAUUUCCAUAAAAUUGGAGGAUUUGAGUUUCUUAUGCCCUUACUACUGUGUUCUAAUUCUGAAGUAGUAGCUGUUACUUCUGAAUUAGUUGCAGAUUUAUGCCAAAAUAAUACUUACUGCCAAGCUAGAAUUCUUGAUUUAAAUUUAUUACCAGAAUUAGUGAAGCUGUUGGAUAAUUCUGAUGAAAGAAUUUGCUCUAAAGCUUUGUACGCUAUUUCAUGUCUAUGUCGUCACAAUAAAGAUGCAAUUAAUCAUUUGUCUGUCACUGGUAUCAUUUCAUCCUUGAUGAAGAUUCUGCUGGAAUCUGGGGAGAGGCUGAGAGCAAAAGCAGCUUUUUUUCUAUCUCAUCUCUCUACCUUUGAGAGUUUUAGAGAAUCAUUUUACCAAGCUGAUGUGGUGAAAGUGCUUGCAAAGCUUUUGAAAGAGGGACAAAAUUCAAGCUCAGAACAUUUGUUAAGUGCAUUACUUGCACAGGUGUCAAAGCAUAAACAAUCUAGAAUACAAAGUAGACAAGCAGAAUAUGGACUAAAAGAUAUACUUAUUGAAAAAAUUGCACUUUAUGGAUCAAAGGAAGAAUAUCAAGAAGCUAAAGAAUAUUGUUCUAAAAUCUCAGAUGUAUGCUUUCAUGAUGAACUGAAAUAACUUCAAAUAUAAGAUGUUGAAAUGUU